CGUGAACUAAACAACAUCGCAAUUUCCGGUAAUGAAUUCAGGAGGAUCGUGAGUGUUAAAGAAGUCUAGAGAAGAGGAAGAGGGAGAGGUGGAAGAUGGAGGAUUUCCCCAUCCGGACAAUGGAGAUGGUGUGCUUGGGUUCAAGUGUGGCUCUCUCUGGUCUGUUUUAUUACAUAUACAAAAAGAAACGCAAAACUGUGGAAAAGCUUAAUGAAGCUCCAGUUUUGCCGCUGGAUGAAAAGUUAGCAGAUCUUUUGAAUGCCACACCAUGGAAAUGUCUGCAGUAUGUGGUCAUCGAAGGUACAGUGCAGCCCAUAGGGGAACCAUUAAGGAGUCAGUUUCAGGAAGGCAGCGUUGGUGUCAUCCAGAAACUGGUCCUCCGAGAACACAAACUUGUGUGGAACAGUUUAGCACGGACCUGGACAGACAGCGAGCGUUUGCUUCACCAGCGUGUGAACGCUGUGCCCUUUAACCUGCUGGGUGUGAACAAGGCGUUUGUGCGUGUGCUUUGUCCCCUGGAGGCCACGGGUCCCAAUAUGGAAAUCGUCCAUGAGAAGUUCCACCAGGCCAGUUAUGGCUUCACGGACCUGAUCGGUCAGUACCUGAGUGGGGAAAAACCCAAAGGUCAACUUGAAACAGAGGAGAUGCUGAAAGUGGGUGCAUCUUUGACCGCAGUGGGCGAGCUCAUCCUAGACACGGACCGCCUUCCAAAAAUCCGCCCACCCACCAACGGCUCUGAGUAUUUCCUGAGCACGGACGACUUUGAGACCCUGCGGCUGGAGCAGGAAGGCCAGGCGGAGGUGUGGAGGGUGCUGGCGUGUGUUUGCGCAUUGGCGGGUGUGGCCGUGCUGAUGUGGGCAGGUCGCAGGUACUACCGGCAACUGAAGCUGCGGUGGGAGCAGGAGAACAUGAGGAGGGAGUUUGAACAGAUGGGGGCGGGAGAACGAGGAGAGGAUGAGAAUGGCGUAGACGUAGCGGAGAAUGCUUGCGUGAUUUGCCUGAGCAACCCACGAGGAUGUGUGCUGCUGGACUGCGGACAUGUGUGCUGCUGUUUCCGCUGCUAUCAGGCCUUGCCGCAACCAAACUGUCCCAUCUGUAGACAAAUUAUUAAACGCGUUGUGCCUUUGUAUCAGGCCUGAGAGAAUGUGAAGAUGUUUGGUUCAUCUCAAAAAAGGCUUUCAGCAAGUACUAAACAUGAUUUACUUGUCAAAAGAGCCUUAAACUUUAAAACAGUGUUAUACUGUGAACAGGACACCUGCAAUAGAAGCAACCGCACAGAUUCCUGAUACACACUUUAGUUUCAUUAUUUUAAUUUUAACAUAUUACUACAAAAGCUUAUUUCCACCACAGUGUGACAAUUAUGACUUUUCAUGCCACAAAUAUGUCUCAAAAUAUAAACUCAGAAUUGUGAGAUAUAACCUUGCACAUAAUUAAAACAAAAAUAUUUACGCCUUUUUUUCCCCUUAUAAUGCUGACCAGGGUCAGAAAUGAACUUUUCCAUUAAGGGGUUUUUAUUGGCCCCCCUGGAAUUUAAUUUUCACAUUUGUGAGGGCAAUUUUUAUAGUCACCUUAUUAUAAUGUUAAAAACCAUAUGUUGUCUUUAAUGUCAGAUACUUAAAUUCACCCAAUUACUUAAAUCAAUAUUUUAAACUGUCAAUAACAAUAUACUAAAAAAUUGUAUCUAAAUUAUACAUGUAAAAAACAGGGGCUCAUAGAGAUUAUUAUGACAAAAAUCUUUAUUUUAGAUUAUUGCUCUUUAUAUUGUAGUUAUGAUUAUUCGUAUUGAUAUAGAAAACAACGUCACAUUCUGGCUUCAUAGACAAACAUCCAGACAUUAGCCAAGUCUAGCACAAAUUAUACAAAAACUCCCUUUAUAAUCACUGAAGCUAGACAUGAAUCUUUAUUUUGUUGU